AAGAAAGCAUUUUGGCAUUUGAAUCGGAGAAAGCGUGAGUGUGGUGGAGAUUGAGAUAAAGAGAAAUGGUGGGAACUUCCUUAGCAGGGUUGCAAGAACAUCUCAAGUUAGCCAGAGAUUACGCCCUAGAAGGUCUCUACGACACCUCAAUCAUCUUCUUCGACGGCGCCCUCGCCCAGAUCAACAAGCACCUAAGCACAGUUGAAGACCCUCUACUUCGCGCCAAAUGGACCAACGUCAAGAAAGCGCUUUCCGAGGAAACGGAAGUUGUGAAGCAGCUAGAUGCGGAGAGAAGGGCUUUCAAGGAAAACCCAAUUGGAAGGCGCGCUGCUUCGCCUCCCAUUAACGCAAAGUCUUCGUCUUUCGUUUUUCAGCCGUUGGAUGAGUACCCCACUUCAUCAAGCGCCGCUGCCGUCGAUGAUCCCGACGUGUGGCGCCCGCCCAGCAGGGACAUCGCCAGCAGGAGGCCCGCCAGGUCCGCCGCGGUGGCUGCUCGGAAAUCGCCGCAAGAUGGGGCGUGGGCGCGUGGUGCUACCGGAAGAACCGCUGCUACUGGGCGUGGUGGUGCAAGGGGUGGUGGUGCCGCCAGUAGGGCUAACUCCGGGACUCGGAAUUCGGCUACCGGAAAGAAAGGGGGUGCUUCUGGAAAGUCUAGCAAGACGGAUGCAGCAGCUGUAACUAAUAGUGAUGCUGAAGAUGGUAAGUCAAAGAAGGGUCAAUAUGAAGGUCCUGAUCCUGAAUUGGCUGCAAUGCUUGAAAGAGAUGUGUUAGAAACCUCUCCUGGAGUGAGAUGGGAUGAUGUUGCUGGGCUAACUGAAGCAAAAAGGCUUCUAGAAGAAGCUGUUGUGCUUCCAUUGUGGAUGCCUGAAUAUUUCCAGGGAAUCAGGAGACCAUGGAAAGGUGUCCUCAUGUUUGGUCCUCCAGGAACUGGGAAGACACUUCUUGCUAAAGCAGUUGCUACUGAAUGUGGCACCACUUUCUUUAAUGUAUCUUCUGCAACUUUAGCUUCUAAAUGGCGUGGGGAGAGUGAGCGCAUGGUGCGGUGUUUGUUUGAUCUUGCAAGAGCGUAUGCACCAAGCACAAUAUUCAUUGAUGAAAUUGAUUCUCUAUGCAAUGCUAGGGGGGCAUCCGGGGAGCAUGAAUCAUCCAGAAGGGUGAAGUCGGAACUUCUAGUUCAGGUUGAUGGUGUAAGCAAUAGUGCCACAAAUGAAGAUGGUAGCCGUAAAAUAGUCAUGGUUCUGGCUGCUACUAACUUCCCAUGGGAUAUAGAUGAGGCACUAAGGCGAAGGCUGGAAAAGCGUAUAUAUAUUCCUCUUCCAAAUUUUGAGAGUCGUAAAGAGCUGAUCCGGAUAAACUUGAAGACUGUUGAGGUGGCCCCUGAUGUGAAUAUAGAUGAAGUGGCUCGCCGGACAGAAGGCUACAGUGGAGAUGAUUUGACAAAUGUCUGUCGCGAUGCUUCCUUGAAUGGUAUGAGGCGGAAGAUAGCAGGAAAGACUCGCGAUGAAAUCAAGAACAUGUCCAAGGACGAGAUCUCAAAGGACCCUGUUGCCAUGUGUGAUUUUGAAGAAGCUUUGGUAAAGGUCCAACGAAGUGUUUCUCAGGCUGACAUUGAACGCCACGAGAAAUGGUUUACUGAGUUUGGAUCAGCAUAAAGAACGACCUUUUUGUUUUUCUCCAAUGGCUGGCUGUUGUUUGUUGAUAUUUCAUUCGUGUUCUGACGGGAUUCAUUGUAGUUCUGUGAUGUUGGAGGGAUCUUCAAUUGUUAAUUCGUGUAUCUGCGACUAUUGAAUAUUCAUGUAAUUUAGUCUGACUUGAGUUCAAAGCACUGGACAUUAUUAUCUCUUAAUAUACGAAACCUGAAAUAUUUAACUUCCAA